AUGGGGUUCGAAAAGGAGAAGGAAAGAAAAAACAUAUUUUUAUUGAGUACAGGUGAUGCUUUGGAUCGGAUAUCUCAGUUGCCAGAACACAUUAUCCAUCACAUCCUCUUCUUCAUGCCCCCAAAGGAUGCUGCUCGUACCAGUACCUUGUCCAUGACAUGGAGACAAGCGUGGAACUCACUCCCCAGGUCCGAUUUCACAUUCUCAAGUCGCAAUAGCUAUUAUAGUUUUGUUUCGGAAGAGGAAAAGGCAGAAUUUGAGGAGGAAAUGGAGCAGUUUAUUAAGUCCGUUGAUGAGGCUUUGUUUCCACUCCGUGAGCAAAAGAAAAUAAUCCAACGUUUUAGUUUGAACAUGAGCCUUUGUGAUGCUAUAUACGAUUCUUGCAUUGAUAACUGGAUAGAAUUGGUUAAUGGAAAUCAUAUAGAAACGCUAGACCUUGGCAUUCUUAGCAUGAUUCACGUGAAAAAUUAUGUUUUACCACAGAAAACAUUUUCUGUUGAAUCUUUGGUCAAAUUGUCUUUGAGUGGUUGUAAAUUAGAGAGCGACUACCUUAGCCACAAUAUGAAGCCUAUUUGUUUGCGAGAGUUGACUCUGCGCUUUGUGGAAAUUGAUUCCCAUACAAUAAUGAAGAUCCUACGCUGUUGCCCUUUGCUUGAGGUGUUUGUUCUAGACUUAUGCAUGAAAAUGCGCUCUGUUGUUCACCUUGUUAAUGUCCCUAAGCUUAAGAAGGCUAAAUUAUAUGGAAUCAGUUGGGAUAGAGUUGAAGCUCCAAAUCUUGAAGUUUUUCACUGUGAGAGGUUUAUUGGGAAAUUGGACAAUAUUGCUUGCAGUAAGAAUAACUUAACUUCAGAAGAGUUAGUACCAAUUGUUAAGCAUUUUGUGCUGGAUGAUGUUCCAACAAUGCAAGACUAUACAGCUGUUUUAGAUGGCUUAUUAUGGAGUUGUCAUCCAAAAGUUCUGCGGACAUAUUCAAAUAUAGAGAACAAUGAUUUCAUAAAGUUCCUAUUUCAGGCACUAGUUAACAGAGAUGAAGAGCCAAAUUGUUGCAGUGACGGUCACAUGAAGUGUUGGCGGCAUUACUUAAAAGCUGUUACGGCAAAUUAUUUCGAUAGGAGGAAGCGGAAGUAUGUCAAGUUCGUUCCUAAAACAAAUGCAAAAGUUCCCUCAGCCAAUGAUGUGAAAUCCGAUCAUCAACUACUGCUAGAAAGACUGAAGUUGUACAAUCUGGUUGAGAAUGAGGUCAAAGGAGAUGGCAACUGUCAGGUCAAUCCUUACCUUAAGUUCAAGAUGGCUUUUCAUAAAUUACUGCAUAAUAACCGUAACAUAACUUAA